AUAUAAAUUGUAUUUUUAAUUUGUAAUCAAAGGGAAGAGCUGUAAGAUGUAACUAAAGGAUGAAACUGUUUGAAAGGAGCUUACUUGAGCAAUGUAAGCAUUAAUUAAUUAAUUUUGCAGAACGAGGCUGAAGACCAAAAAACUACCAGCUUGGCUAAAUGUCAUGAACGUUUAAUCUGAUGCAACAGAGAAUUUGUUAACUUGGCUUACCUAGCACCAAUUACAAUAUAAAGUAUAUGACAUUUGGCAUUUCGAUCUGGAUUCGAUUUUCUGCAGCUCUGCAAAGAAAUUUCAAUAUUUCUAUAUCUCGGGAAACAGAAUUUAUUCAAUUGUGCAACCCUUGUAGUAAAGUGGCUUUGUUCACUGUGACCUGCUGCAUUUCCAUGGCAACAGCGUGGUGGCACAACAUGGCACCACAGUGAAUGGUUAUACCAAAUGCUAUUGGCAGUCGGUGUGGAGCAUGUCCCUGUUCAACGUGUGCAGCUGGUGGUCAGCGCAGUGUGGCGACACUGUGGGCGACUAUGAUGUGGCCAGUUUGUUGUGUGCGCGCUUCGGACUGGAGGCCCACGAGAAGGACUACAUCAUUGUGGGCUCACAGUCCGGCACUCUGAGCAUUUACUAUCCGCAUGGCAAUGCAUUUGAGGCGACGGACUUGCUGCUGGAGACGCAGCUAGCGGCGCCCAUACUAGGUUUAUAUGCGGGCAAAUUCAGCGGUAAUGUGCGCAACGAGAAUGUCAAUCAGCUGGGCGUGCUGCUGCCCAAUGCCUUUGUCAUCUACAAUGUGCAGGCGCUGAGUGGAUUGGCCGAGUAUGGCACGCAGCUGAAGCUGCAGCAGCUGGCGGAGCACAAGUUUCAGCGUGUCGCCUUCUCCAUGUGCCAGGGUCACUUUGGCCAGGUGAAGGGGCGCGAGUUCUUCUGUGUGGUGCAUUUGGAUGGCACGCUCACUUUCUAUGAGCAGGACGGCAUCUCGUAUGAGUGUCGCUUUCCGGGGCAACGCAGCCUGCCCACUCCGGUGGUUUAUUGCGAGCGCACCGAUAGCUUCUUUCGGCUGAGCGCCACCUGGCAUCUGCAGUGCUACAGCUACCAGGAUCUGUCACAUUCGCUGGUCACCAAGAGCAGCUAUCAGCCGAUCUGGUCGCAGUGCAUCGGCGAGGGCAUCCUGGACAUGCGCGUCGUCCAGCUAAAGGAAAGCUGCUCCUACAUCAUGAUACUGGGUGAACGCAAUUUCAUCUGCUUGGACGACAAUGGGAAAUUCAAUUUUAUAUUGAAGCUGGACUAUGCGCCCAAGUGCUUCUACAGCUUUGUCGUGGGCUACUAUUGGGAGCCCGGCGCACGCCUGCUAACGGCCAUUGUCUCGGACUCUGCCAAGCUGCACAUCUAUGAGGAGGCCAACAUCAUUUGGGCCGCCCAGUGGCAGCAACCGGCUCCAGUGGCCAUUCAGCGCUCCAAUGUCCAGGGCCUGGCGGGCAGCAUUGUUACCCUGACUGCCUCGGGCCAGCUGACGGUGGGCUAUUUGGGCGCACAGCCGUAUCAGUUUCAGGUGCUGCCCCUGAACAUCGAGGAGCUGAGCUUUGCAGAGGCGCACAAGCAGCUGCAGCAGCUAGAGGAUGAGAUCAAGGAGUCGGUGGACUUACGGGAUAUGGACGCGCUUAAUCAGCAGGCCGCGGAUCAGGUGCGAAUCAGCUUCAGCAUACAGCGCAAGGUGUUUGAUGAUCUGGACACGCUGGUGCUCGAUGUGCCGGCCGAUGUGGCCGUCAAGGAGCUGCCCUCGGCCAAGGGUUUGCUUAAGCUGAAAAUCAAGGCCGAACUGGCGGAACUGCAGCUCGUUAUCAAGACGCCCAACGGCGUUCGCUGCAGCCAGGAAACGCUCAGCCUGGUCGACGUGCCAGCGGGCAGCACAAAGGAACUGCCGCUAGACUUCUACAUGGCUGAGCUGCUGCACGUACAUAGCACACGGGUUGAGAUCUUUGCGUCCUUUGUUAGUCCAAGGGGCAUACCGCGUGUGCUGCAGCAGAGCGCUUGUCUGCCCCUGUCCAUGUUCUAUCGCAGCUGCCAGCCACAGAAGGCGGCCGGCAUUAAGCUGACCUACACCAUCACCAGCAAGCAUGUGCCGCCCAAGCUGGCGACCUUCUUCGGCGAGUUCCUGGAGGAGGAUAGUGAGGCGCAGGCACUGGGUCUGCAGCUGCUCUGCCCUGGACUGGACAAAGUAACCGAAGUCAUCACCGUGGUGGCAGCCAAGAACUCCAACCGCUUGAGAAUACAAUCGGACUGUGUGGAAACAUUUGCCAUGAUUCUGGAGCGCAUUGUGGACACCACCCUGCAGCUGGAUAGCGAUGGCAGCUUGCUCAAAAUGCACAAGAGAAAGCCCAAGCGCGGCGUGCUCAAUCGCUGUGUGGAGCGCAUCAUGGCCGCCCCCUUUAUACCCACUCAACCCAUUCUGCAUCGCGCCGAUGUCCACCACGAGACACAACAGAAUAUACGCAAGCAAACGGCACAAUUGGAGGAGCUAUGGCAACAAUUCAAAACACUACAGCGCCAGCUACAGGAACAAACGGAGAGCGAACCCAAGGAGACUCUCACCAUGCAAAUCGAAGCGAACUACGACCACCUGAUACUGGAGGGAGACAAAUUGGUUGAAAUACGGCGGGACGAGCACAGGCAGCGCAGCGACCUCAACUGCGCCGUAGCUUUGGCCAAAUGGAUAAUUCAUGCAUUGAACCUGGAGGAGCGCGUGGUGAACGUUGUCAACGCGGUGCUGAGCGUGCCUGUAGAAGACUGGACUGAAUUGAGCUGGGAGGAAUCUAUGGCGCCUGGCAUUGAUAUGCUGCAUCAUUUUGGACCGCUGAUGCGCUCCAAGUCGACAUCAACGCAUGGCCUGCUCGAUGGCAACACUAGCAACAGGGACAGCUUUGACUACAGCCGCUUUAGACGUCAUUUUGCGACGCUGUUCGAUCGCAUUGUGCGCCUAGCCUCGUCCUCAACGGAUGAACAGGCGGCAAAGCAGGCGACAGCCACGGAGCAAGCAGUUGAGCAGCUGCAGCCGGCGCAUCAGGUGAACGAGAUUGGAAGCAUGCAGCGCAUGCUGGGUGACAAGAAAUCCACUCUGCCGCGUGCUGGCAAUCCCAAUUUGAGCAGCUCCUUGGAGGCUGUGGAGGAUGAGGAGGAAUACGACGAGGACGACUUGCGGGACAUGGGCUAUCGCAAGGACUAUGGCCCCGCUGCAGCCGGCGCCGAUGGCAACGAAGGGGCGCAAAAGAAAGGCAAACGCUCUGAGUGGGUCAACGAGGAUUUCGAGCUGCCCACCACCGAGGAGCUGUUCAGUGAUUUGGGCAUUUGGUGGUAAAUCCAAGCAAGCAAAAGUCGAUCAGAUGUGAAAUAUGUGUGUGAAAUGUGACUAGCUGUGAGCGGUAUUUAGCUUGAACAGAAAAACAGUGACAGCUUUUCGAGCUGAUUGCGUGUUCAACAUGAAAUGCAACCUUAGACCUUGAUUCAAGUUCUAUGCCAGACUAUAUGUAUGUAUAUAUGUUUGUCUAUCUCUUCUUGCCUUUAGCGUAAAAUGCAUCGAUGUAUAACAAGAUAAAAAAUAUAUUUUCUGAUAAAGUGAUGCCUAAUUUGAUAUGGAAAGUGUUUAAAAGAGUUCACUUUUUUUUUAUCAGAUGAAGUGCUGAUUCAAAGCAGUUAAUAUGAUGUGUGCAAAGACGCAUAUGGAUACAUAUAACCUAGAAAAUAUAUAUCUAUAUACACAUAUAUUUAUAUCAACAGAAGGACUCAGAUAUCGCGUGUGUAACAGUAAUUCCCAAGUCUCAGAUAGAGACUUCGUAAGGUGUAUUACUUAAAGAAAACUUGAGAAAUUUUCUUUAUUAUCAGAAGCUUUGGACAAGAUUGGCAAGUCUUAGUAGAAGCUGUUUAAAUAUCAGAAAUGUGUCCUAUAUACACACACAUACAUAUAUAUAUGAAAUGUACAAAGUAAAUGUAUAUUUGGACUUUUAUGAGUUAGCAUUAAGACAAAAAUAGCUUAAAUUAAUUAAAACGCUUUGACA